AUGUCUGGGUUGACGUGCGGUUUUAGCAAAAUUAUCCGAAGCUGGUGGAACAAACAGGAAGCUGUAGUAACCACAAAUAGUUCUCUAGUACCGGACGAAAAACCUCACCCACAGAAUAACCUUUCCAUGGAGCUGCCGGAAGGGGGCUCCGCCUGGAUAAGGAAUAGCAUAGUUAACCUCGACGAGUGCGAUAUGCAAUCGGUCGACCUAGCCUGGGACAACUCGGCCGCCAAUUACCGACUUGCAUUUGAAAACGACGAGACAGACGAUGACGACCUUAUCGCUCGAGAUGGAAGCCGCGGAAGUAAACUCCGACAAAGUUUGCGCUCGGCCUCGCGAAAAGUUAACAAAACGAUUCAAGCGGCUAAAGACCUGGUCAAAUGA